AUGGGUUGUUGUGACAGCAAGAAUAGCAUGUUAGAGAGACCAUCAACACGUUCGACUCUUCCCACUCACAGACUUCAAAUUUGGGGAGAUUUUCAUAGCACAGACACACGGGUGAUACUUUCAAUUCUUGAGUAUUGCCAAAUUACUUAUGAAUUUGAGCUAGUCGAUAUUUUGAAAGACCAGUAAAACAAAAGUAAAUUUAGGAAACUGAGUCCAGAUGGAAAAAUUCCAUUGAUAAAAGAUAAUACGUUUAUAAUCUACCCAGGACUUAAGUCUUAAAUAUUUUAUCUAGCUAAUGCUUAUGAUGAGAUUAAAUCAAAACUAUACUUCGAGGAGGAGUCCGGUUAAACUUAUAUGACUGAGCAAUUUCUGGUCUGGUACUAAUCAGAAAUGAAACCAGUCACAAGCAUAAUUGAAUAAGCCCUCCUAAAGUCAUUUUUAAAUAAAGAUAUAUAUCUCAAGCAAAUGAAAGCAAUCUAGGAUUAAAUAAACAUUUUCGAUUAAAGGAUACUAAGUCAUCUUGAAGAAUUAUUUGAAAUAAUGAAGAUUAAUAGUUCGAUUGAGCAGUAGUAUAUAUGCGGAAAUAAGCUGACUCUGCCAGAUAUUUUAGCUUAUUAGGAGAUAUUUAGUGUUUUAAAGCUAAGUUAAAAAUCUUUGGAUCAGCAAAGAUAUCCUAAAGUUUAUGAGUGGUUUCACAAUACAAUGGCUAAGUCAUUAGAAAUAUAAAAAGUUAAUCAAAAGUUCUACUGGGUUAAGUAAGUAUGA